CGCCACGCCAGAAGACCCAGGUUCGAUUCCCCACAUGGGUACAAUGUGUGAAGCCAAUUUCUGGUGUCCACCGCCAGGCUAUUGCAGGAAUAUUGCUCUCUCUGGAACUCUGGAACUACGAUUCAUUUUUGUUUUAAUUCGGGACUUAUGAAAAAACCUGCCUGACAUAAUUAUCCGAAUAACUAUGUCAAGAUCACGUUCAGGAGUUACUAGGGACACAUAUACUUAUCAACAAACAGAGUGGCUCGGCGAGAUACUACAGGGGUGGGUGUAUAUCUAUCUACACAAAGUACACCGCAGUUGGAGCUCUGCCCUUGAACAGAGUCCGCAGUAUGGCGCUGUUACGUCCAGUUGUUUGUUUGUGUCUGUGUCUGAGCUUGGCGGAAGGCGCAAGUGAACGAGAACAUUCCGUGCAUCACAAUUUCAACUACCCAUUCGUCAUCGAUGCCGUGGCUCAGGAGUUCGAAGGUCGAGUGUGUUCCAACAUGGAGCUGUUUGCUCUCAUACCGGUAGAGCCGGAGGAUCUGGAGAAGGACCUCCUUGGCGGGGCAUGCGUCACUAAUGUGGAACGAUAUCUCAAGAUAGACGUUCGCAAUGUGUCGUGGAACCCCGAUGUGGUUCACCACAAGAAGGUGGACAGUCCCAUAUCAACGACCACUCUCAUGCCCCCUCACGGCGGCACCCGCAGCCCGCACAGCACCUUCAUCGACCUUCCCGAAGGUGUAGCGUUUGACGUCCUCAACACUGAACUAAUCGACGUCGACGAUGCGUACUACAUUGUUGUCAGUGACCCUGAUGCGAUGCGUGAAGAGAAGGAAAUACAAUUCUACGUUGUCCUUGUGACAACAGCAACUAACAAGAUUGUGUCCAACCCUCUGCCAUUCGCGGUAAGGGUCGACCACCCGUCAGACGAGGGCCGCCCUCACGGUGCGGCGUUAUUUGCAGGUGUCCUCGUCCUCGUCAUCAUCCUCAUCGCCCUCCUCAUCCCCAUCACCGUCUGUGUUAAACGCAGAAGAAAGGCCGGCAAACCUGUAUGCACGUGCGGAAGCCCGGAUGUCGAAAAGGACGAGCGCAAAGGCCACGUGAAUAAUGGUUACGUCACCGACACACGUGACAGCAGAACUGAUUCGACUGGUUCAUCAAAUGACCUAAAUCAGACGAUAGGAAGUCACCAACUUAGAAGUGUCGCGAAAUUGAACUUUGAGCCAACGUGGCUAGAUCCUCAUUAUAAAGAACUGCAAGAGAUUCCAGGAACCAGUGCCCAACCGGAUCCCCCUAGCGGGACAGCAGACAUCAGGCUGUAGUAGCUUGCCAAGAAUACAUGUUUUGGCAUCUGUUGCCUGAACGAAACUGGAUGUUCGUGGAUGCAAUGAUCAUCGGCAUACAAAGAAAUCACAUUGCUCAUAUUUGAUAAGAUAAAAUUAGUGUUUCAACGACAGGAAGUGAGCAGCAAAUGUUGUGAAGCAGAUGAAAAAUGAACAUAAUCAGAAAUACACCGCAAAGGAGCACCAAUUAUUUUAAAGGGGGAAGGGAUUCAGACAACACAAGACACGAAGUAAAGUACACACACGAUAUAGUGACUGACGUGGCGAUCGCUGCACCUCCCCUUAAUCCGCCAUGCCCGAUCUUGAUCUGCCAGUGUCAGUGAAUAUCGUGUAGCGCUAGCUACAUGCGUCACUGUUCUUUUUGAGUCUGUAAUUUUAGUCGACUAAGUGCAACGUCCGUGAAUUUGAAACAUUUUAAAAGUAAUGAAUUGUAUUCGAAGAUGCACACGUCAUUGCAUACUGUAGUGUCCAGAGUGGUUAUCUGACAAGUUCUAACGGAAAAGCAAACACGUGGGUGGAAGAGUUGUGCGUGGUGGAGGAGUUGUGCGCGGUGGAGGAGUUGUGCGCGGUGGAGGAGUUGUGCGCCACCUUGGACAGACACGUGACAGUAAGACAACCCGUAUGGACGUUUUCCACUGUGGCGAAACCUAUGAGCACGAG